CGAACAGUGGCCUUGUUGGCUAAAGAGGGAAGACCCUGUUAGCAAACAACAUCUUGAAACUCUUUGAUACCUUGAAAGAAACGCGUGACCCGCCGUAUCGUUUUCUCAUCUACUUGUGUUUGUCCGAUGCAACCAAUAUCUGCAUUAAAGCCCCCUCUCAUUUUAUACCCUGGCCAGCGCGCCAGAACCUGGGACUUUUUCGUUUCCUGAUUUCAGAGCUACGUCAAUGAGACUAUCGGAAGCAAAAUUCAACAAGACUUAGUUUCGAGAAUUGUGGCUUCCACGAUCGCCACAUCUCCUAGCUGACCUGCCUGGCUUGCUGUGCAACAUGCCUAGAAAGCUUCCAUGGGCUACUUCGAGCACAACAACUCGCCCAAAACGGCCAGCUGGUACUCCUGUGACGAAGCGACAGAAAGUCCGAAAGACGACGCCUGGUAGCGAAGAGGAGGAGUCAACGGUUACUUCCAAGAAAGAACGUUCUCGUGAUCAUGGUCGCCCUCCAUCUUCAUCGCCCGCUGCGGAUCCACCAUCUGAGAGGUAUAGUACACCUUAGCAAAAUCUCGUACUCGAUCAGCUGACCUUUCACAGCUUUAUGCAGGAAGGCAAAGACAAUGAUGACAGGUAUCGCAUGGUCGAGGACGAGUUUAUUGAAGUAGCUCAGCAGUUCACAGUUCAUCUCCACGCUGCUGAGUACAAAAGGCAACAGAAAGCUGUGAAAAGCCAAAAUGCCGAUACCAUUAACUCCAUCUCACGACCCGUUACUGGCAAAAUGCCGGAUCAGACCAAGCGGAAAUUAGAAGCAGCUACACUCGCAAAAAAGCAAAGAGCGAUGAUUGAAAAGCUCACUGGAAAGAAAGAGAAUGGUGCAGAAUCGGAGAGCGAUGCUGAAGAACUUCCCUAUAUUGGGACUACGCUUCACGGUCUGAUGGACAGUCCUCGCAAGAAAGCCGCAUCGCUAGCAAAGCUCGGUUCAACAGCUACGACUCGAGCUGCAGCAGGCUUCAAAAAACCAGCGAUACAAUCAAAUAGCAAUCAGUGUAAGUCCCUCAUAGACUCGCCUGAACCCAAACACGCUACGAAACGUGCUCAAGCUGAUCUGACUGUCGAAUCUACGGAUGACGAUGACGAUCUCGAUGCACCAAUACCUGCCCCAAAGCUGAUUGCUCCGUCUCAAAAUGCUAUCGCACCUUCGAGUCUCCAUUCCGGCUCGUUGUUUUCGAAAUCCGCCACAAUUAAGAAGGAGCCUCUCAAUGCAGCAUCUCCACACCCUGAGCUAGAUCCAUUCAUCAAGACCGAAUCGUCACCAACAGUCAGGUCUAAUGCUGUUACGACGACAUGGCCAAAUGUGGAAGCCGCUCCGAAGCCGUCAAGAUUAGAACGACUCCGGCUAGCCAGAGCAAAAAAGGAAAAGGAGCAGCAGAUUAAGAAGGAAGUGGACUACAAUUCUAUUCCUACCUUCUGA